CUCUCGGCAUCAAGGGCGGCUGCGGAGGGCGGGGCCUGAAGAACAAGCGCGACGAGAUGCGCGUGGAGGUGAGCCGCGGCGGAGUGCCCUCGGACGGCUUCGAAGAGUCGGUCGCGCGGUGCGGCUUCCGAAACCCGAGCCUGGUGCGGCGGUGCCCCACGCCGCCACGGAGGGACUCGACGCGGUGCGCGCAGAUGGGGGCCUGCAUUCCGGUGGCAGUUGGAGGGGGUCGCGGCCACAAGGACACCCACAACGACUACUACGGCACCUCGAGGCCACGGGCUGCGGAGCUCCACGCCCCCAGUGCGGAUCUGCGCGCAGAGAUGUACGAAACUGGGAGUAUCAAGGGGCCAUCUGGAUCUUUCACUGUGAACAAUGUCCAAGUGAAGUUUGCUGGCGAUGUCCCGCAUACCGGUUCAUUUCUGGAAGGGCCUGACUUGGCGAUGAAGUGAAAUGCAAGGAUGCAUUUGUUCUGUCGGACACCUAUGGCUAUCCAAUUGAUUUGACUGAGGUCAUGGCAGUUGACUUGUGGCCAUCUGUUGACAUGGAGGGUUUUAAUGUUUCUAUGGAAGAAGCAAGGCAAAAGGCUAGGAAUGCUCGCUACAAGGCUGGUGGCAAGUCCAUUGUCCUGGAUGCUAAUGCUACAUCGCACCUGCGCAAUAAGGGCCUUGCCAGCAUAAAUGAUAGCCUGAAAUUCCAACACGAGGUACAUAGCACUGUGGUAAAAGCUAUCUAUACUGGCUCAGAGUUCGUAGCCACUGCAUCUGGUGAUGAAGAUUUUGGUCUUGUUUUGGAAAGCACAAGUUUCUAUGCGGAACAGGGUGGUCAGAUCUAUGACACUGGGAGUAUAGAGGGACCAUCUGGAUCUUUUACUGUGAACAAUGUCCAAGUGUUUGGUGGCUAUGUCCUGCACAUCUGUUCAUUUCUGGAAGGGCCUGACUCCAAGGCAUUGUCUGUUGGCGAUGAAGUGAAAUGCAAAGUUGAUUACACACGGCGUACUCUCACUGCUCCAAACCACACAUGUACCCAUAUGCCGAACUUUGCUCUAAGGGAUGCAGACAAGAAGGGACUUGGUGCAACUACUGUAGAAUCUGGGCAUAUGGUAGAAGAGGUGGAGGGCAUGGAAGAGGGCUAUCUUGCUAAGGUUGUUCAGGGUGAUGGUGCAAAGGAGAUUAAAGUUGAAGAGCAUGUUCUAUCAGAUAAAAUGGAAAUCAAUGGCGAGAAUGAAAUAUCAUGGGAGAAGGAAGCAUUUGAACCAUCAGAUUCCGUUUGUAGUGAUAGAGGAGGUUGUUUUGGCUCUAAGAAGGGCAAAUUGAACUAUAUCUCGAAGAUGAAUUUUUAUUUAAGGGCUGAUUGUGUUAGUGACAUGAAGCCAAUUUCUGAUAGAGAAACAAGACACAUCCAUUCUCGAUACGAAGUGUUGAAGGAAAUAUGCUGCGAUUUAGCAGAAAUUCCUAGUUUUCUAUCAACUUGUGCGAGCAUUAAAAGUUCUGAUGUUGAUAUAGUAACUCAGAUAUUUAUGGAUAUUUAUGGAUCAACCAUUUCACUUCAAGAGAAUCUGAGUAAAUUAGACAUAAAUCUGUUGAGCGAGAUUGCUUUUGUUAGAUUGGGAAUGAAGCCACGCGACUUUUAUUCGACAUAUGCUGGAAAAGUUUUGGAGCCAAAUCGUCUGCUUUCAUGUUAUCAAAUCCCAAGAGAUUCAACAAUUAAACUCAACGCUCGUCUGCGAGGUGGUUGGUACGUGAAAAUCUAA